AUGGUCAAAACUGUAAGUAGGAAACAUGAACUAUCUGAUGAAGAUGAUUCAUAUUUUCAGAGUCGUCCUGGAUCUUCAAAGAAACCAAAGAGAGAAAGUAAAGUUUUGAAGAAAGAUAAAAAAGUUGCUGUUAUAAAAGAAUUUCCUUCAUUGAAGAAUAGAUGUUCACCCGGGUCAUUGUUGGGUGUCAUUCAAGGUUUAAGUAGAGAACAUAAGGAUUGUGUUAGGGCUAUGGGAUUUGGGAGUUUGUUAGGGAUGAAGAUGAUUGACGUAUCGUUGAAGAUUGUUUAUUAUGUUCUUGAUCAUUUUAAUUUUGAAACUUUGAAGGUGGAGUUUGAGAAUUGUCAAGUUAGUGUUGAAAGUAAGUCUGUUCAAGAGAUGUUAGGAUUGCCAUCUGGUGGCUCAUUACUUUCAAACAUGGAUUACAUUUCCGAGAAUCAUGAAGAGAGUUGUAUGUUUGAGUGGAAGAAACAAUAUGAAAAUAUUGAUAAAUUGAGAUUGAAACAGCUAAAGAAUGAACUUGUUCGAAAUAAUGCUGCGUAUGAUAACUUCAGAAUCAAUUUUUUGGUUCUUUUUAUUAAUACUUUAUGUGAGUCUAUAAGCAUGGGUAAAUGCAAUCUGAAUCCAUUGUAUUUAAUCAGAAGAGAUAUUUAUUUAAGUAGCAUUGACAGGUGCGAUUACAUUGUUGAUUAUUUGUUGUUGUAUGUGGAAACUUUCAAGUUUGAUCAUUUGCAAGUCACACGUAAACGUCCAACUAUUUUUUAUUGGACGUCAGAGAAGAUAAGGUUUCAUGUGGAUAUUUUACAAGCGAGUGGAGGAUUUGGAUGUGGACAUGUUAAUGAAACAUAUGUUGAAGAAGAAUUUCAAGAAUCUAAGCAUAAUGAGGAGGAAUCUGGUGUUGAUGAGGAUGAAUCUUAUGGUGAAGAGGAUUUAUGUGAUGAGGAUGAAGAAGAUUUUGAUGUUAAUAAAGUUAGCAAUGUGGAGGCGUGUGAAAGUAAAAUUUCAUGUAUGUAUCAGAAGAUGGAGGAUUUGAAAAAGGAUCUUAUUGUAAAGAUAGAUGACAGAGUGUUGAAGUUUCCUCAAAAAACUGUUGAAGAAUGUUCAAAUAAGUAUAGGGAUUCAAAUGAGACUCAAUCAUCGAAAAAUGAAAUUGUUCCAAGUUUUAGUCUUGGAUUUAUUCAAGAUUCAGAAGGUUCCAAGAAGUCAUCUCGAAGUCAAAUUUCUUUUGAACAGAUGAGAAAGAAAAAGAUUAAGGAUAGAGUUUAUUUGGGAAAACUAAGCGCUGGUCGAGAGUGUGUUAUUCCGAAUGUUAAUGUUAUUGAUGCUAGUCCAGUUUCUUUGCACCCCAUAUGGACUUUGUCAUUUGAAUAUAAUCAUUUGAAUGAAACUGCAAAAUAUAAAAUUUUCAAGGAGAGUUUCUGUUCUAGUGUUUAUGGUGAUAGAGACUUAAAGGAUGUUGAUAUGAAAAUUUUCCCUAUUUUGACGCAUAAGCACAUAUAUGUUAUUGUUAUCAAUCUGAAGAAAAGUGCUUUUGAGGUUAUCGAUAAUGGUGCGGAUGAUGCUGAUUUCGAUGAUAAGUAUGGUGUAGUGUUUAAAACUCUUAGUUAUUAUGUAGAAAAAGGUUCUAAAUGGAAAUAUGGUCUUCCAAAAAAAGGUGCUUCUCAAGAAAAAAUUUUGGAGAAGUUGAGAAUGAAAUAUGCAGCAACAAUUUUAACUUCUGAGAUUAAUACAAAACGUAAUGAUGUGUUGAAAGUUGCGUAUGAGUAUCAAAAAGUUGAUCUAAAGAUUCGUGGUAAGCAUGCAUAUGAUACUCAAUGGAAUAUAGAAACAAGGCUAUCAAGGUUUUUUUGA